CAUCCUCCCUCUCCCCAGGGAGGCCGUGGGACCUGUCCCUGUCUCCAUGCCGCCUUUCCCCCAACCUUCCUGUGGACGAGGACGCUUGCCUGCCGCUCCUCCAGGACAGGAGUGUGGAUGUGUUGGGCAGGGCUACGCUCCAGCCCUGAUGUGGCAUUUGGUUUCUGGGUGGGAGGGUGUCAUGUGGAGAAACGCAUGCCCUAGAUUCAGGUAGCACCUCCAGGCUCUGGCACCCUGGAGGCCCUGCCUGCCACCCAGCCUCCAGCUAGCCCACCCUACGCUCCAGGGGCUCCUCUCUGGGCACCCCCUGCCUCUCUUGCACCCUGGGAGUUUCCCUUCUGCAGACGUCCUGGGUGGCCCAGAUGUCCCCCUGGCUCAGUGAUCUGGAGCCCAGGCCAGAGUCCUGAGCUGCCAGCUGCUGGCAUCAUGCCAGGAUGGUUCUCAGCCCUCGCAGGGCCGGUGCAUAAUUCACAGGGACCACACAGGUUCCAGAUACCCACUCCAGGCCCCCUGCCUCUUCCCUGAGACCAAACUUGCUUUUUAUCUCUGGCCCUGGGGCAACCAUGAUCCCCUGUCUCCAACCCUUCCGUCUGCUGUGUGACAGUCAGACUCAGGUCAGAGCCCGGUGGAAGGCCCUGUUCUUUUAGGAAUGCGCAUCUGGGGUGGAGGGAGGCUGUCAGUCCCGCAGGAGUGACAGACGCCUUAAUUGUUUCUGAGUCACGGAGCUUCCAUUCUGUUUUGGAAGAAUGGCUUGUCAAAACACCUCGCUGGCCUGAGUGAGAUGGUUUCUAAGAAGCGGCUUCAUAGCCGUUUUCCACACGUCAUCUUCAUGAGCAGAAAUAGUGAAGUGUGUUUACAGCUUAGUUUUGCACAUUGUCACAUUUCUUCAACACCCACGAGAGCUGCAAAAGCCCAGCUUCCUCGCCCUGACUGUCCCAGGCAUGUCUGGAGCGAUCGCUCUCCAGGCGGGUCCCUGGCCUGCCUGCCUCGAAACCCAUGCUGGUGGGCAGUCCCAGGGGCAUUUCCUCUUCACGUUAGCAGGAGCCAGGGUGGCAGGCUGGCCUCUCCACUGCCUCUGCACCGGCACAUGGCCGCCCUUGGGGACGGCAGGAAGCCUGUGCAAGUCUUGUCCUGCGUGCCUCUUGGCUGGGGGCAGGGCGUCUGUGUUCACAUCCUGGCUAACUGUUUCCGGAGGCCUGGAGCUCCUCUUGGCUGCCCCGUGGAGUUGGAGCACCCCUUCCCACCAUCCCUUCUGGCCAAGCAGGUGCCGCAUGCCAGGUUGGGGUCGGUCAAGACGACCCCCCUGACCCCAGCAGGGUCCUCGGGCUCCAUCCGAGUGCAGCAGGGCCAGUGGAUCCCGGGGUUCAGGCCGCUCUCCCUUUCCUCAGGAGGCGGACACAUCAAAGAGGUCAUUGUGGCCUCAGAGGCGGAGCCGGGGGACAGCGUGGUGGCUGAGGGCCCAGGCAGCCCCAGCCGGCGGGGGCCCGGGCUCUCUGCGGAGGGUGAGCAGGCCCAGGUCAAGCUGCUGGUGAACAAGGAUGGCCGCUACGUGUGCAUGCUCUGCCACAAGACCUUCAAGACGGGCAGCAUCCUCAAGGCCCACAUGGUCACGCACAGCAGCCGCAAAGACCACGAGUGCAAACUGUGCGGGGCCUCCUUCCGCACCAAAGGCUCGCUCAUCCGGCACCACCGGAGGCACACAGAUGAGCGCCCCUAUAAGUGUGCCAAGUGUGGGAAGAGCUUCCGGGAGUCGGGGGCACUAACCCGGCACCUGAAGUCUCUCACUCCGUGUACAGAAAAAAUCCGCUUCAGCAUGAGCAAAGACAUGGUCGUCGGCAAAGAGGACAUGCCUGCAGGGUCCAGCGCCUCCACUGUGGGGGCUGUUACCCCGUCAUCGGUGGCAGGCGAGCCCAUGGAGACGUCGCCAGUGAUUCACCUGGUGACAGAUGCCAAGGGCACCGUCAUCCAUGAAGUCCACGUCCAGAUGCAAGAGCUUCCCCUGGGCAUGAAGGCCCUCGCCCCGGAGCCCCCUGGCCCCCAGGAGCUUCCCUGCUCCAGCGAGGGCAGCCGCGAGAACCUUCUGCACCAGGCCAUGCAGAACUCUGGCAUCGUGCUCGAGCGGGCUCCCGGGGAGGAGGGAACCCUGGGGCCAGCCACCCCCACCGUGUCCAGUCCUCAGCUGCCCGGAGAUGCUGCCCCGGAACUGCCGCUGCUGGAGGUGGAGCAGGUGGAGACACAGGUGGCUGGCGAGGCCUCGUCUGUGCCCAGGACCCACCCAUGCCCUCAGUGCAGUGAGACCUUCCCAACGGCGGCCACCCUGGAGGCCCACAAGAGAGGCCAUGCAGGGCCGAGGCCCUUCACCUGCCCACAGUGCGGCAAGGCCUUCCCUAAGGCCUACCUGCUCAAGAAGCACCAGGAGGUCCAUGUUCAUGAGCGCCGCUUCCGCUGCGGGGACUGCGGGAAGCUCUACAAGACCAUCGCCCAUGUCCGUGGCCACCGGCGUGUCCACUCGGACGAGCGGCCCUACCCCUGUCCUGAGUGUGGCAAGCGCUACAAGACCAAGAAUGCCCAGCAGGUACACUUCCGGACGCACCUGGAGGAGAAGCCGCACGUGUGCCCGUUCUGCAGCCGCGGCUUCCGGGAGAAGGGCUCGCUGGUGCGGCACGUGCGGCACCACACGGGCGAGAAACCCUUCAAAUGCUACAGGUGUGGCCGUGGUUUUGCCGAGCAUGGCACGCUCAACCGCCACCUGCGGACCAAGGGGGGCUGCCUGCUGGAGGUGGAGGAGCUGCUGGUGUCUGAGGAGAGCCCCGCUGCAGCCGCUGCCGUCCUGACCGAGGACCCCCACACCGUGUUGGUCGAGUUCUCGUCCGUGGUAGCUGACACGCAGGAGUACAUCAUCGAGGCCACCGCAGAUGAUGCAGAGACCAGUGAAGCCACGGAGAUCAUCGAGGGCACCCAGACGGAGGUGGACAGUCACAUCAUGAAGGUGGUGCAGCAGAUAGUGCACCAGGCCAGCACUGGGCACCAGAUCAUUGUGCAGAAUGUGACCAUGGACCAGGAGGCGCGGCUGGGCCCAGAGGCAGCCGCGGCCGACACCAUCACCAUCGCCACCCCUGAGAGCCUGACGGAGCAGGUGGCCAUGACUUUGGCCUCGGCCAUCAGCGAGGGCACUGUGCUCACUGCCCGCUCAGGCACCAGUGGCGCUGAGCAGGCCACUGUGACCAUGGUUUCGUCAGAGGACAUUGAGAUCCUGGAGCAUGCCGGCGAGCUGGUUAUUGCUUCCCCGGAGGGCCAGCUUGAGGUGCAGACGGUCAUUGUCUAAGCAUGGGCACCUGCAGGGGCUGGCGGGCCGGUCUGGGGCAGGAGCCGAGGACCUUGGGUUCCCUGCCCGUGCUUGCCUGGCUGAGUACAGGCAAGAGGGGCUUAGAACUCAGACUUUGAGAGGCGACGUGGGAGUGUAAAUAGUUUUUGGUUGCUUUACAAUAAAAUGUGAAAAUCC